GGGACGACCAAGUUGUUGGUGCACAAGCCUCGACCGCCACGAUCAACCUCGGGCGGUGCGUCAUUCUCAAACUUUGCUGUUGAUCAAGAACCAUGGCCCCCGCUAACAAGAAGACCCAAGCCGGUAAGAAGACCGUUUUGAAGUUCACCAUCGACGCCACCAUCCCCGUGGAUGACCAAGUGUUGGACGUGGCUUCGUUCGAAAAGUUCUUGCACGAUCGCAUCAAGGUGAACGGCAAGACCGGCGUGUUGGGCGACGUGAUCACCAUCACCCGCGAAAAGACCAAGUUGCACAUCGCCGCGCAGUCGCCGUUCUCCAAGCGUUACUUGAAGUACCUGACCAAGAAGUACUUGAAGAAGCAGCAGUUGCGCGACUACCUCCACGUGAUCGCGUCGGACAAGUCGACCUACGAACUGCGUUACUUCAACAUCCACAACGCCAAGGACGAAGAAGCCGACGAAGAAUAAGCGACUGGUGUCAUCGUGGAUUAGCGGAGCAACUAUGUAUCUCUCUUUCAAUACACAAAGCCGGGUUCCAGCAACAUGUUAUUUAUCA